GUCGCCGGCGCGCGCGCCUGGGAUUUUCGAUGGCCGGGCAGGGGCUGGCGGCGGGCUUCUUGCAGGUGCCCACGGUGACGCGCGCCUACACCACGGCCUGCGUCCUUACCACCGCCGCAGUGCAGCUGGAACUCCUCAGCCCCUUCCAGCUCUACUUCAACCCGCACCUGGUGUUCCGGAAGUUCCAGGUCUGGAGGCUCAUCACGACAUUCCUCUUCUUCGGGCCCCUGGGAUUCGGCUUCUUCUUCAACAUGCUCUUCGUGUUCCGCUACUGCCGCAUGCUGGAGGAGGGUUCCUUCCGCGGUCGCAAGGCUGACUUCGUCUUCAUGUUUCUCUUUGGUGGUGUUCUUAUGACUCUGCUGGGAUUCCUGGGCAGCCUCUUUUUCCUGGGACAGGCCCUCAUGGCCAUGCUGGUCUAUGUAUGGAGCCGGCGCAGCCCUCAGGUGAGGGUCAACUUCUUCGGCUUACUCAACUUCCAGGCGCCAUUUCUGCCCUGGGCCCUCAUGGGCUUCUCCAUGCUGCUGGGCAACUCCGUCCUCACAGACCUGCUAGGGAUUGUUGUGGGCCACAUCUACUACUUCCUAGAAGAUGUCUUUCCUAACCAGCCUGGAGGCAAGAGACUGCUGCUGACCCCCAGCUUUCUGAAGCUACUACUAGAUGACCCUCAAGAGGACCCCAAUUACCUGCCCCUUCCGGAAGAGCAACCAGAGCCCUAACUGCAGCCCCUGGAGCAGUAAACCCACUUGGCAGCGUGAGGCUUCUGGCAGGGCCCUACCUUUUCUUACAGCCAAGCAACCCAUCUAGAAGGCUGGGCCCACCAACAGGCUUGUGACCUCAGCCAGCAACACCCUACACUCCUCUGUGUCACCUAUCUCUCUGCUCAACUCUAGGUGGUAGGACAUGGGGCCCAGAGAGGGUGAAGACUGUCUUCAGAUGCCCAGCAGAGCUCUGGACUAACUACAGACCCUUUCCCAUCCUCAUGCUGCCAGUGCCUUGAUGGAGCACCAGGAACAAAUCUUAAACACCCAGGAUCAUGCCCAGUCUCCAGGUAUCCUGCCUGGGGUGACUGUGGGCUGAUAUCCAUUCUCCUAGCCUCUCUGUCCUCAUUUAAAGCAAGCAAGUCUUCACGUUCUUCUCCAGCAGAGAAUAGGUUUGAUCCUUUGCCACUCUAAUGAGCCCAGGACCUUGAGCUCCAUCGUAGCAGCACCCUGUGUAGAGCAGAGGUGGUUCUGAGAUGUUCUGUUUACUAAAGGCCUGCGAGUCCUUCCUACCCUCACCUCCUCUGAACUGAGGAUGUUGAUGUGGCCAGUUUUCCUGUGCGCCACUGGGGCUUACUCCUGGAUGCCCAAAAGCAUGGGAAUUCCCCAAACCACUGCUUGUUAUUUCUAUGGUAACAAAAAUGUUUUCUAUCGA